AUGCGCCUCAACCUCACCUCCCUCCUCGCCCUCCUCUCUCUCGCCAUCACGGCCUCCGCCGCAGGCUGCGACUGCUUCGACUACACUGCCGCCGACGCGGGCGACAAGUGCGACGGCGGGUACAACAGCAACAAGGCCGACAUCGACGCGCACUGCAAGGAUUCGGGGAUCAAGACGGCGGCGGCGACUUCGGCUGCUGAACGCGCUGCUAUAUACAACGCUCGGAUGUGA